AUGGUGCUACAGGCGCCUGUGGUACGUGCUCUCAUUAUCGUCAGUGAUAUCAUUGCCGUUGCCGAGAUGAGAGAAGAAGCGAAGACUUUCUCCGGUAAUUCCGGUCUUCUCCGUUGGCUCGCGCUGCUUCUCGCAAUCUUCGGUGUACACACGCUGGCACGAGUAACCUCGGUUAAAAAAUCUCAGAUAAAGCUCUCUGAAUACUGCUUCUACGGUUGUUCCGCUUUCGUUGACGUCUCGCUUGCUUCUUUCUCCGCUCAACAGCCUAUGCUCUUCCAAAACAUCCUUCUUCGCUUCGAUCUGAUCACCUGCGGUCCUUUACUCACCGCUCAAGAGAACGCCACCUUUGUGUGCAAUUUUGUGAUCAUCUGCGAAAUGUUCGUGCUGUGCCUGCUGGCCACCGUACUGUUGGCACCUCGACGAAACGCCAUGUUUGACAACUAUCGCCGACUGAAGACGUCAUCUGUGCACGACACGGACGAGUCUGAACUCGGCCCAGACGAUGUGGGCAUUGAGUUUGGUCAUCGGCCUUGA